AAAAUGUUGCAAUAAAAAAAACAAGGCGUCCAACCAACAAGAGUCUUUCAAAACUAAAGCAACUAGUACCAGUACCUCCUCCUGUUCCUUUCAUUGCAUCACGAAGAUUCAGCGUCUCUACGCAUGAUUUAGUGCGCCAGCAUACUUCCCAGGAGAAACAAUCACCGAAAAAGAUAAAUAUUUGCAAAUCUCAAAAUGAUAAAGAAAAUCAAGUGACCAAACGUAUCAUGAACAUGAGGGAAAAAAUGCAGGAAGAAAAAAAUGAAAAUACCGUGCUCUCUGAAAAACUUCGUCAGUUAUUGUCGAAUACAAAUAUUCGAAAACCUUGCAAAACAUCCCUGCAUCAAAAUAACGAGACAUCUGACCAUAAAAAUGUAAACGAUUGUGAUUUAUUAGAAAAUCAGAAUUUUGGAGUCCAUCAAAAUUUUGAAAAGUUUAUUGAAAAUAGUCAAUUGACUUCAAAGAAGGAAAUUGUUUCUGAACAUUGCCCAUCUUCUAUAGAUAAACUUCUUUCGCCCAGCUCAUCCGAAAAGAGUAAUUCAUCAAGUGAGUUGAAACGAUCAACUAAUCCUUUGCAAAGUCUACCAUUUUCUGCUGCAGGCAUAAGUUCAUCUUUCAAGAAUGAAAGCAGUUGUUCAUCUAAGAGUAAGAAAGCAGAUGUUUCUCUUAUACAUCUCAUCACAACAUUUCAUAAUGAGGUAAAGAGAGAAUUAAAAGAAUUGAAUAGGAAACUGGAUUUUGUUUUAAUGAAUCAGGAGAAACUAUGUAGAUGCAUACUUCCGAGUGACAAAGUUAUUAAAAGACCGACAAGAUUCCCUUUGCUUCCAGUUUAAUCUGAAGAAGAAUUAAAUGCUUUGGAAACAUUUUUGUCAAAUGAUGUAAAUUUAUCAGCUGCCAGUAUGUAUCUUGGAAGAUUUGUUAAUAAAAAUAGUCUAGACGGUUCAUUCAGGAAACUAUUAACAAAUGUUGUAUGCAACAAUGUUGCUAACAAAUUCAGCUUUCAAGGAGCGAAAGGAAAGAAAAAGUUUGAGACUUUGAAGAUAUGGGAACUUAUUCUAGGUGCACUACUUUUAUAUUUCGAAAUGGAAGAAAUGUCUGCAGCUGAAAAUGUCGCAAAAUUAUGGCUAGCCAACGCAUGGCGCACACAAUUAGAUGGGACUAUUGAUCGUCGCCAAACGUGUAAAAAAGUAUGUGUAAACUGAGUUUAUUGAACCUACGAGAGAUUUGAUGAAAACGUUUCGUAAAGGCAACUGAAUUUUCUUUGACUAAA